AUGUUCCGCUUCUGGAUCUCGGAACCAAGGGGAAGCGACAAGAUUGCCGAAGCAGCUCAGCCUAUGCCUCAGUUCACCGAGUCCACCGGUGGCGUGUCCAAGCCCAGCCCCAAGCAGCAAGCUAACCAUGCCGUGAAGCGGAAGAGGCAGAGCGCUGACGGCGCUGACGAGCGCAUCACAUCCAAGCGCGCCAAGGUAGAAGCCCAUGACAAGUCUUCCUCUGUCGGUGGAGUUGCGUGCAAAGGUCCUCCCGUGCCCAAGGCUGCUGGUGCUGCCUGUGAUGUCGACCGCGCAAGGGAAGUCAUUCAGUAUCAGUUUGGUCUGGAGAUCCUGUUGAAACAUGACGAAAUACGCCUGAUCGACCAGGAGCUGGCGAAAUGCCAGAUCGCGCUCGAGCAGCUCAGGCGCUGUCACUUGAUUCCGUAUCCGAUAAGCUGUCCCACUCCCGAACAGAUGCUCGAUAUCAGCAAGGGCAAAGGCCCUUCUGUACGCAGCCGUCCCGGUCAGUCGGUGCCCAAAUGGGCAGCGCCGUUUGGUGUCGUGGAUGGUCCGUAUGCGCGCCAUUAUGCCAAGUGGCUCAUCCCGGACCCUGCUUUUGAUGGUGUGCUUCCCGAGUGGCACGGCUUCUCCCAGGCGCCUUCUGCGGCGCUCGUGCCGGAGGGCAGGACGACGAGGAACAGUCUCAGUGACCCGGUUGCAGUUGGCAAGAACCGCCCCAUGCGCGGCACGGGUGCGCAGAAACUGCAUGCUCUGUCGAACGGCUACCCGCAGCCCAAGGACAAGGCUGGGCCGUGUAUCCUCAAGCGGUCUGAUGGUCAAACCGUCAAGCUGGUCUGUAUCGAUUGCCAUCGGGAUAACUUCUCGAGCACGCAAGGUUUCAUCAACCAUUGUCGCAUCGCUCACAAGCGAGAUUUCAAGAGCCACGAGGAAGCUGCUGUUCAUUGCGGCCAUCCCAUCGAAGCCGAUGAGAACCGUGGGACUACGAGUGAAGAGAAGCCUGCUGGCGUUGCUACCGCCUCUGGUCUCGUCCAUGCGUUUGCUCACACUGACAAGGAGGACUCGAACAAAAUCCUCUCACGCAUCCACGCCACGCUCACCGCCUGUUCCGACCGUUCCUUGGACACCUCAUCGUCCAAGUCCCGCGUCUCAAAAUCGCAACGUCCGACGAGUUCCAAGGGGUCUCGCGCUUUUGUCAGCUCUGACCAGACGCCCUUCUUGUCCAACCUCAUGAAGAACAAGAAGUUCAAGGGCAAUCUGAAGGAGCAGGUUGAAGAUGCCAAAACCAAGAUCGACCUGGACGAGCUUUCGCCUGGCGACGAAUCAGAGGAGGGAGAUCAGAGCGCCGACCUCGCCGACGGCCUACAGUCGCCUCCUGCCUCUGCGGCCAGAACGCCCGCUGUCAAGCGCAUGCCUGUCCGGCCUACCAUGGCGCCCGCUGCGAUGGGGGGGACGCGCCCUGCGAGCAGCAAGGGCGUCGCGUCUCACAUGGCUUUCUCCACGCCUGAUCUGACUCCCACCGAUGAGAAGGAGGACAGCUCUGAGCUCUACGAUGACGACAUGGACACGGAACACAGUCCCAACACCAUUGCCAGCAACAAUGCGCCAUCGCUUGUUAGUGACGACGGGGAGUACGAUGAUUCUGAUGACGGUUCCUCAUCCGAGAUCAGCGAUAGCGACGCUGGUUCCGUGUCUGACGUGGCCGAGAUCAACAUCGACGAGGACGAUGGUCCUCAAGCCAUCCGCCACCAUCGUGGUAGCACCUCGACCAAGAAGGAUGAACCCAAGCAUGUCACCUUUGUCGGUCCUGUCACUACGACUGGCAAGGGCAGGAGAAAGCAGAAGGCCUAG